CGGGCGGAGGGGUGACGGCGACACACGUGUCACCUGCGGGAGCCCGGGACGGCCUCCUCGGGCCCUCCGCAGGCCAAGGAGCAGCCCGAGCAGAGGUCGGCGGUGCGAAUGAGAACGAAGAUUUCCGGAAACUUGCAGAAACAGAAAUUGCUUUCUGUGAAGAAGAGAUAGCUGAACUGAAACAACAGAUAGUGUUGCUUUUGAUUCCUUCAGAAGAAACAGAUGAGAGUGAUCUUGUCAUGGAAGUAACUGCUGGAGUUGGAGGGCAGGAAGCCAUGCUGUUCACCUCGGAGAUAUUUGAUAUGUAUCAACGAUAUGCUGCUUAUAAAAAGUGGAAAUUUGAAAUAUUAGAAUACUUUCCCAGUGAAAUAGGUGGCCUAAGGCAUGCAGUAGCCAGUAUAGCAGGUGCUGAGGCUUACAAAUACAUGAAGUUUGAAGGAGGAGUGCAUCGUGUUCAGCGGGUACCAAAGACAGAAAAACAAGGUCGCAUUCACACGAGCACAAUGACUGUUGCAAUAUUACCCCAACCCACUGAGAUGAGGCUGCAAAUUAGUCCAAAAGAUCUACGGAUAGAAACAAAGCGAGCUAGUGGAGCUGGAGGCCAACAUGUCAAUACCACAGAUAGUGCUGUUCGGAUAGUUCACAUUCCAACAGGGAUUGUGGCUGAAUGUCAGCAAGAAAGAUCCCAAAUUAGAAACAAAGAGAAGGCUAUGCAAAUGCUAUGUGCUAAACUAUAUAAUGCCAAACUAGAAGAAGAAACCAAAAAGAGAAACAGCGCUCGAAAGAUUCAAGUUGGGACUAAAGGAAGAUCAGAGAAGAUCAGAACGUACAACUUUCCACAGGAUCGGAUUACAGAUCACAGAAUAAGCAGAUCAGUGCAUCAUGUUGAGUCUUUCAUGCUAGGGGAAGAAAUGCUAGAUGAAAUGAUACAAACUCUGAGAGAAUAUGCUGAUUAUGAAUCUCUAAUGGAAAUUAUUUCAGAAAAUGAAAAAAAUAAUUCCUCCUGAACAUUCUUCUUUCUCAGGCCAUUACAACAGAUGUAGACCUUGGUCUGCAAAGAAUCUUCUCAGAGCACUACCCAGAAAAUGGAACUUCUUUUCAGAUAAUGAAAAACAUCACAACUUGUUUCUUCAUGAAUAUUUAACAGUUUUCUUACUUGCUGAGUAAAAGACUUUAUUAUCUUAAUAUAUGACAUUUUUGCUGCAGUAGUCCUUUUGAAAAGUUUAUUUGACUGCGCCAGAAGUAAUAGCAGUUUUAAACUUUUUCUACUGAGAACUGAUGCACCACUCUCAAAAGGUAUGCCUGUAUUAAAAAAGGAGUUACUCUAGUUCCAGCUUUCAUUUGAACUGUGGCUUAACCAUCAUACAACAAUGUGAAAUAGCUUACUUGAAUGAACAAAAAAAAAUCCUGUUUUGUUUGAGUGAUUAAAAAAAAGUGAUAAAUAAAUUACCCCACUCUACCUAUCCACA